AAAAACAUAACCCUAUAAAAAAGUAACCCUGAAAUUUUUCAAAUUACUAUGCCACAGUGUAUUUCAACAAAUUUCUAGUGAAAAUGCCCCCAAAACAAGCCAAAAAAACCUUAUGGGCGGAGUGCGAGAAAUGUAAUUGCAAUGUUCUGUCAAAUGAUAAAAAUAUUCAUAUCGAACUAGGUUGUGAGAAAGAUCAAAUAAAAUGUCCAUAUAUUGAAAACGGGCAAUUAUUUUCUUGGCUAGAACGUAGUAGUGCACUGCCUGAUAAUGCUCCGAGGAAUGCAGUGUUGAUACACCCGUCAGCAGGGACCUUAAUAGGAGCUGUGAUCGGUAGACCAUUGGAGCUGAAGAAAGACGGUGCUCCAACUAUAUUGAAACGUAUGUGGCCGUCCAAAGCAUCUUCUCCAGCUGCAGUCAUUCUCCCUGCUGCAGAUCUCACAGGAGGUUGGUGCAGUGAUAACAAGAAAGUAAGUGUGUCCGUCUUGCAAGCCGAUGUUCCUAAGGCUUCCAAUAUAUGUGUUAAGAUCAGAAAUCAUAAAAUAGACACAGAUAUAGCAGAUAUUUUAAAGGAGAACUUUAAAAACUAUUAUGCCUGCAUUGGAAGUAUAAUUGUAUAUUAUUAUUUUGGAAAAAAAUUGGAAAUAGAAGUUUUGAAUGUGAAAUCAAAGCAGCAAACUGAUGCUCACCCUUGGUUUGUUCUGUCUGACGAUACAUUGUGGAGUAUUGAAAAGAAAACUGCCCAAAAAGUUAAAAAGAAAACGCAUGUUAUAGGUGGUGUUGAUGAUAUUAUAGAUGAAAUUAAAACUUUAAUACAAAUAUCCUUUAAUACAGAAGGAUUUGCAGCUAAUUUUCAACCCACCAGAGGACUUUUACUGUAUGGCCAUUCUGGUAUAGGAAAAACGGCUAUAUGUAAAUAUUUAAUUGACAAUUUGAAUUGCAAUCAUGUUGAAAUCAAUGGGCCUACGAUAUUCAGCAAGUAUUUUGGUGAAACUGAAGCUUCUAUGAAAAAGCUAUUUGCCCAAGCCAUAGAUAAUGAACCAUGUAUAGUUUUAGUAGAUGAGAUAGAGACUAUAUGUCCAAGACGCUCUGCUGGAAGCACGGAGCAAGAACGGCGGGUUACUUCAGCUUUUGUAGCAUUAUUAGAUAGUUUGCAUGAAGAAAAUAGUCAGGUCUUUAUUCUGGCCACAACAAGAAAGCCAGAUGCCAUUGAUCCUAUGUUACGACGAUUUGGGCGAUUGGAUAAGGAAAUAGAGGUAUCAGUACCAGACAGAAUACGAAGGAAGGAAAUUUUAUAUGCUCUGCUUAAGGAACUACCUAAUAAAAUAUCUUCUCACGAUAUAGAUGCUAUAUCUGAUCUAGCUCAUGGUUAUGUGGCCGCUGAUAUGGUCAACUUGUGUACACAAGCAUCCCUCAAGUGUAUUAAAAGAAGGAGCGAAUUUAUAGAAAAGGACGACUUGAUAACUGCUCUAACAAUCGUGAGACCAAGCGCAAUGAGGGAAUUACUAAUUGAAAUACCAAAUGUAAGAUGGUCAGAUAUUGGAGGCAUGGAUGAUUUAAAACUAAAGUUACGUCAAGCAGUCGAAUGGCCAUUGAAACACGCAGAGAGCUUCCUAAGAUUAGGAAUACGACCACCAGCUGGCGUUCUCUUGUACGGACCUCCAGGGUGUUCGAAAACUAUGAUCGCGAAAGCAUUGGCGACUGAAAGCGGCCUGAACUUCCUAUCAAUUAAGGGCCCAGAAUUAUUCUCGAAGUUUGUGGGCGAAUCUGAGCGUGCUGUACGCGAUUUAUUUACGAAAGCGCGUCAAGUUGCUCCAUCGAUCAUAUUCUUUGAUGAAAUGGACGCGAUUGGCGGCGAAAGGGGGGCCGGAGAAGCUGGUGUACAUGAAAGGGUGUUAGCGCAAUUGCUCACAGAGUUAGAUGGUGUAGUGCCCCUGAAAUCUGUGACAAUACUUGCAGCUACGAACAGACCAGAUAGAAUGGAUGCGGCACUUCUCCGACCGGGAAGAUUGGAUAGGUUAAUCUACGUGCCAUUACCUGAUUUUGAAACGAGAUUACAGAUAAUAGAAUUGAAAUUAUGUAAAAUGAGUAUAAGUGACGAUGUUAAUUCGCAUAUUCUUGCAACGAAAACUGAGGGAUUCUCGGGAGCGGAGAUACAAGCUUUGUGUCAUGAGGCGGCUUUGCAAGCGUUAGAGAAAGAUCUAGAAUGUCCUGCUGUAUGUAUGGAGCAUUUCGAAAAUAUCCUGUCGAAACGAGAUUUUAAACCGAGAACGCCUCAAUCGUUAUUGGAUAUAUACGAACAAUUUGCGUCAGGACAAAGAUCGAGUUAAUAUAUUUAAAUAUGUAUAAUGUAUAUGUAUAAAUAUAAAUGUUAUUACUUAGCCUAUAUUUUAAGAAAGUCCUCUACCUCAUAAAGUUUGCAGUUCCUCUCUAUUCUCAAUUUAUACAUACGAUAUAGCUAUUACAAUACAACUAACAUAUUAUUUUUUAUAUUAAAAAUAAAAGCAAUAUCAUUUUAAAAAUGUAUUUAUUCUGUAAGAAAUGUUUAUACUUGUAUAU